CAAAAUUUGAGCUCAGCCAGACGCACUCGUACUGAUCAACAUCCGGGAUGAGUAGCCACGACCUUGGAACAAUCACAGAGUCAGGUCUUUCUAGUGCCCGCUCUUCUCCGGAACAUUUUUCUUAUCCUAGUGCACAAUCUCCCCAAACCGACAAUGAAUCCGAUGAAGACUUCGUCUAUCCUGGUGCUCAAAAAACGAAUGAAGAGAAUCCUGAAGAACAAACUCAUACAGCUGUUCAACAACCCUCACAACCUCGCCCCUCUCCAGCCCAGUUAGAAGCAUUAUACGCUGCUGCUUCCUCCGGAGACCUUCCAUUGCUCAAAAGACUCUUUCGGAAUGCUCUCGACACCGGAGAUGUGGAAGCCUUUAGCCUUGCCAAUGACGCGUCCACGCGAACGGGCCAUACUGCUUUGCAUGCUGCUGCUAACAAGGGCUAUCUGGAUAUCAUUAAGUGGCUCGUAGAGGAAUGUGGAGCCAUGCCAGAUCUAGAAGACAAAGAGGGCGAGACUGCAGUACACAAAGCUGCUCUUAACGGAUAUCUUCCUAUCAUCGAAUACCUCUUGCUUGAUAAAGCCGAAGUCCACGCCAAGGAUGCUGAUGGAUGGACUGCCCUACAUAAUGCAUGUUCAAAGGGGUAUCUUGAUAUUGUGAGGUGGCUUUGUGAGAAAGGAGGAGCUGCAAGUGAGACGAACGGGGUCCGUGGUGUCGAUAUGCGUAGCAAAGGUGGGUGGACACCCCUCAUGAACGCCGCAUCGAAAGGACACCUUCCCGUCGUUCGAUAUCUUUUGAACAAGCAGUCUGCUGAUCCUUUAAUACGCAACAAUUGGGGAGAGACAGCGUACGAUGCGGCAGCUGGGGUCUUUGAGGUUUGGAUCUGCGAGAUCUUGCAAAAAGCCGAGGCCGAACGAUGGCGCAACUCAACAGUCCCAUAUAAUCCACUUUCUGUCCAUACAACGGUCCCUAUUGUCCUUUACGAAAAUCAGCGACUCGAUACUCGGAUCAAGACUCUUGCUGUGUCCGGUGGUCGACCAAAAUUUUCUGCAUCAGGUUUGGGCAAACAGGGACGUCGGUCUCCAUUUGAAUUUCGGUUACCAAACGCCGAUGGUGGGUCUGGAGAUAAGCUGGUUCCCGCGUGGAGGAGUGAUGUUCAACUUCCCUUGAGGGAAAGCCCAUGGAUAUUACCCAUUCCUGGCUCAACUCAUCUUGAAGGGCGGGAGCGUAGCCAUUUUUGGUUAUCUGACUGGACUCUGGAUGUUACUCACCCUAACGUAGAUGCUGAGGGGGGUUGGCAAUAUUCACAUCGGUUUGGAGAUCAAGAUGACAUCUGGACGGCAGAAAUGCCACCUCCUCUCGAACGAGUGAUAUCGGGAGGAGUUACGUUGUCCCCCGGAUUAGGAAGUCCCUCUUCCAGGAGGUCUUCCCAGUCGCAACCGACAAGUUGGGUUCGUCGGCGUCGUUGGGUCCGAGUCAUGCGCCGUAGGCUUGAUAUUCCCCCAUUACCGUUCCUUCUUCCUGAUGGAGGCAUGUAUCUCAUUAACGAUGAGGGUAAAUUUGUUCCAUACACGGAAGGACGACCAAAUCUGGCGGAGAAUGAAGAGGGGCAGGAGCUCGGUGCUAUGUCGUCGAAUUUCCUGUCUGCUGCCCAUGAUUAUGUUAGCCGAGCACGGUAUCUGGUGGGAACCCAAUCCGAUUGGGACAAUGUAGCGACAACGCCUAUCGAAGCGCGACGGGCUAUUGCGAAAUUGGAACGUGCGACAACCGAGUUAAGGCAAGGCAUUCUGAGUGAUGAUGAUACGGAGAGGAAAACCCAAGCAGAAGUGCUAUUGAAUGCUUACGGUCGGGAGCUCGAGCGGAGGAGACGUGCUGCCGGCGCGCAAGGGCUCCUUGUCUCGGGAGAUGAUGAUCACAUAGAAGAUGAUGACGAGGAUGAGGAUGAAGAGUUCUAUUACCCUGGAUCUUCACAAGCGAGCAUAAUCAGAUCGUCUUCUCGAUCGUCAAAUUCUACGGAUUAUUUUAACCGCCCAAGCACGUCCCGUCAGCCAACCGAUCUGACGCCGCAGUUGUCCCAAGCUCCUGAUUUCCGUGUGCCAACACAUGAAGCUCCUCAGAAAGUUACUCGAUGGACUCAACCCAGUCCUUACCAGAUACAUCAAUGGGAACGUGACGAGGACGUUCCUAAAUGUCGGGAGUGUCAACGGCGUUUCAAUUUCAUCAAUCGCAGACAUUGCCGUCGAUGUGGCAAGAUAUUCUGCGACCGCUGCUCGUCUUUCAGAGCCCUUUUGGAUCCUUCAGACAUCGUGCAUGAGCCUGGACACACAGACGACGCUCCCACCUCAAGUAGCCAGCGUGUAUGUCAAAAGUGCUUUGCGGAAGUCAACGGAACUAUUCCUAGUCCCCUUCAAGGGAUGCGGAUCCCUUCGAUGGAAAGAAUUUUUGUUGACCAGGAACGACUAAAUGUGCCUCUUAACCGUGGACAGUCUACUUCACAACUUAGCGAUCUUUCGGAAUGUCCGGUAUGCAAUUCGAGUCUCGAACAACUUGGGGGUGUAACAGAACAGGAGGCACACGUCAAAGCGUGUUUGGAAGGCGGUUUCAACCCCCCCGAAUCUCAGACGGCGAAAUAUCUGGUCUACCGCCUACCUGCAAACAGUGCUCUCAUCGGGGUUGAAUGCGUUAUCUGUCUAGAAGAGUUUGUCGGAGGUUCGACUGUCGCACGCCUGAGUUGCCUCUGUAGUUUUCACAAUGUCUGUCUCUCGUCCUGGCUCCAAAGAGGUAAAAGUUGCCCUGUCCACGCUCGGUAAUAUUAUCCUGUCCGU